AUGGACGUCAAAGGGAGAAAAAAGUUCACAGGGAAGGAGGGCCCUAAAGCAUCACAGGGCAAGAACAGGUUUCACAAAAGCAGCGACAGUGGCACUAAAAAGACAUUCCCCAAAAAAGUUGUGAAGGACGGUGAAUCCAAAGUCUCCUCUAAGAACUUUGAGAAAAGCUCCACCAAGCCGGGGAAGAAGGGUGUGAAGCAGUUCAAGGCCAAGCAGCCCGGGGAGGCGGUCCUGAAGAGCAAACUCCAGCAGACGAAUAAAUUGAACAGGAAGAGGAAGUUCCAGCCGGACAGCAAGAGCGAGGAAUCAGCCGCCAAGAAACCCAAAUGGGACGAUUUCAAGAAGCAGAAGAAAGAGCUGAAGCAGAGCAGACAGCUGAGUGACAGAACCAACUAUGACGUCAUUGUCCGGGCCAAGCAGAUCUGGGAGAUGCUGAGAAGAAAAGACUGUGACAAAGAAAAAAGGGUGAAGUUGAUGCACGAUUUGCAGAAGCUGAUUCGAGGAAAAAUUAAAACUAUCGCCUUUGCCCAUGACACCACGCGCGUGAUCCAGUGCUACAUCCAGUACGGCAGUGAAGAGCAGCGGGAGGAGGCUUUCGGGGAGCUGCGAGAUAAUUUGGUCGAAUUGAGUAAAGCCAAAUAUUCCAGGAAUGUUGUUAAGAAAUUCCUCAUGUAUGGGAGCAAGGCCCAGGUCGCGGAGAUCAUCCGCAGCUUCCGCGGCCAGGUGAGGAAGAUGCUGCGGCACGCGGAGGCCUCGGCCGUGGUGGAGUACGCCUACAACGACAAGGCGGUCCUGGAGCAGCGCACCGUGCUGGCCGAGGAGCUCUACGGGAACACGUUCCAGCUGCUCAAGUCGGCGGAGCACCCGACCCUCGACAAGGUGUUAGAGGCCCAGCCGGCAAAGUGCGAGCUCAUCAUGGACGAGAUGAAGCAGAUCCUGACGCCCAUGGCCCAGAAGGAAGCGGUGAUCAAGCAUUCCUUGGUGCAUAAAGUGUUCUUGGACUUCUUUACCCACGCACCGCCAAAACUAAGAUCGGAAAUGAUCGAGGCCAUCCGAGAAGCCGUGGUGUACCUGGCGCACACCCACGAUGGGGCCCGAGUGGCCAUGCACUGCCUCUGGCACGGCACCCCCAAGGAUAGGAAGGUGAUUGUGAAAACGAUGAAAACUUACAUUGAGAAAGUCGCUAACGGCCAAUACUCCCACUUGGUUUUACUGGCAGCGUUUGAUUGCAUUGACGAUACCAAGCUCAUGAAGCAGAUAGUCAUAUCGGAACUUAUCAGUGCCCUGCCCAGCAUCGUGAGUGACAAGUAUGGACGGAAGGUCCUGCUGUACUUGCUGAGCCCCAGGGACCCUGCGCACACGGUCCGGGAGAUCGUGGAAGUUCUACAGAAGGGAGACGGCAACGCGCACAGUAAGAAGGACCCGGAGACCCGCCGGCGGGAGCUCCUGGAGGCCAUCUCCCCGGCUUUGCUGAGCCACCUGCAGGGACACGCCCAGGAGAUGGUGCUGGACAAGUCCACGUGUGUGCUGGUUCCCUGCGUCCUGGGCUGUGCCCUGGGAGACGGCCAGCCGGCCAUGAAUGCCAUUGCCAGCCUGGCAGCUGACGAGCUGCAGCCCGGUGGCCGGGACGGCGAGCUUCAUGUCGCCGAGCACCCAGCAGGACAUCUGGUUCUGAAAUGGCUCAUCGAGCAGGACGGGAAGAUGAGAGAGCGUGGGCGAGAAGGUUGCUUUGCAAAAACGCUCGUGGAGCAUGUUGGGAUGAAGGCCUUGAAGUCCUGGGCUGCUGUGAACCGGGGUGCCAUCAUCCUGUCCAGCCUGCUCCAGAGUUCUGAUCCAGAGGUCGCGAGCAAGGUCAAAGCCGGCCUCAAGAGCCUCAUCCCCACCUUGGAAAAGACCAAAACCCCCAGCAAGGGCGUCGAAAUGCUCCUGGAGAAGCUGAGGGCCUAG